AUGUUUAGAUCGGCCGCGGCGGCGCCGAAGAAGGCUGCGCCCGCGGACGCGCCCGUGCGCGUCCGCAGCGCGACGGAGCAGUCUCGAAUCGGGUUCGCGAUGUGGUGCCGCGCCUUCACGCUCGCGGUCCUCCUCGUGUCGUUCAUGAGCUUGAUAUUCUAUGCCUCGACGAAGAUGCGCAACGUCGAGGACGUCAUCGAGCGGCUCGGACAUCCGCUCCACUUCUUCCUGUUCAACGUCCUCGUCGCGUCCUUCGGGGUGAUACCCGGCGCCGCGAGCGGGACGUCCAUCGCCGCGGGCGUCAUCUACGGCACCCCGAUCGGCGUGUGUCUCGUGAGCACGUCCUGCGCCAUUGGCGCGGGCGUCUCGUUCGUGAUCGCUCGAUACGCCGCGCGGCCUCUCGUGGAGAAGCUCUUCGUCAGGCGCGUUCUAUACACUGACUCCUCGCGGUUCGCGCUCCUGGACCAGGCGGUCAUGCGCGACGGCGCGCAGAUCGUCCUGCUCGCGCGCCUCUCCCCGAUAUCCCCCUACGUCGCGUUCUCGUACAUGUUCGGUCUCACCGCGGUGGGGUUCUUGCCGUUCCUGGGCGCCUCCGCCGUGGGCAUCCUCCCGGCGUCUUUCGUCUACGUGUACCUCGGCGAGACCGGGAGGAAAGCGACGACGCGGAGCCGAGGCGGCGGCGGCGCGGGCGGCGGCGGUAACGGCGAGACGUCGAACGUGGAGAUCGCGUUCUAUACGUUCGGUUUGGUCGUGACCGCGCUCGUGACGUACCGGCUGACGGUCAUCGCGAAGGCGACGCUCGGGAGCAAGGUGGGCGGGGAUUUAUUUUCUGGAGGCGUAUCCGGCGGGGGGAGCGCCGGCGGCGGCGGGCUAGGGGGGAACGGCGGCGAGAAGGACGAGGUCGAGGAGCUGCUCGAGUUCGCGGAGGUGGUGACGCCGCGGGCGCCGCGGGCGCCGCGCGACGAGGAGACGGGGAACGCGCGCGCGGGCGGCGGCGGCGGCGGCGGCGGCGGCGCGAGAGGGUUCCUAGUGAGCGACCCGGGCGGGGAGGGGUUCCGGGAGUUUUCGCCGCUCCCGAGCGAGUCGCGCGCGGGGUCGGGCGGGGGGGUUCUAGAUCGCCGGAGGAGCGGCGAUUUCAUGAACGCGGUCAUCAAGCGAUGA